AAAGUAGUUUGGGUUGCUAAUAGAGACGAUCCUCUCUCCAGUCCCACUGGAAUCUUCAACAUCUCAAAUUCGGAGCUGGUCCUCUUCGAUAGUUUCGGUGUUGUAUGGAAGAGGAACUUGGAGAACCUUGUCAAUAAGGAAUCCUCGGUGGUGGCAGAGCUUCUCGAUAACGGCAAUUUCGUGGUAAAAGAUCCAACCGGGUUGUUAUUGUGGCAGAGCUUUGAUUCUCCCACUGACACUUUACUCCCUGGAAUGAUACUUCAUGAUCAUGACACAAGCAUACAAUCCUGGAAAAGCUCACAAGAUCCGUCCAGUGGAGACUUCAGAUACUUGAUCACAAAUCUUCAAGAAGGUUUCAUUCUUCUUGGCGAUGGAAUUUACGCGACACGUAUCUUUCCGAUCAAAACAGUACCUUCCACUACGAAUGCCACCUUCCCUGCAAUGUUAAGAAUGGAGGAAGAUGGAGUCGUCCGGCUCCUCGUCUGGCGAGGAAAAUGGGAAGUGGACUGGACUUCUCCAGCUGAGGACGAUUGUGAUACGUACAAAGCCUGUGAUGGUGAUAAUAAGUUCUGCAACAUAGUAAACCUUAACCCCAUGUGUAACUGUAUCAAAGAAUUUGAGCCAAGUGACCAUCAUUCUGGAAAGCAUUGCGUGAGAAAGACAAAACUGAGUUGCCUUGAGAAAGAGUUUGCCAAGAUGACAAAUAUGAAGCUUCCAGAGUUUGGAGAGCAAAUGAUCCACACGAUUGCAGUUGUACGGCGUUUGCAAACGUGGACACGCAAAAUGGCAUGUCAGAUUGCAUGAUGUGGUCAGAUUCUGACCCGUUAAUUGAUGUUCGCAGUUACAAUGGCGGCGACAAGGGGCAAGAUCUAUAUAUAAAGAUAGCCGUGCCUGCAGAUUUCGGAAAUAAGAAUAUGAGUGAAACCACCAUCGGGUUGAUUGCUGGAGGAGCCAGCACAUUGCUUCUCAUCUUCAUCGUGCUUCUCUUAUUCAAAAAAAGAAUAAGAAAGAUGAUGGCAAGAACAAUUGAU